AUGUCUCAUUUCGAAAGUUCGUACAGCGCCGUCGUAUCGGAUCGCUUCUCGAAUCGUUACAUCAGCCCAUAUUGCAUCAUGUCGCAUAGACAGCGAGACCAACGGCACACGCGGGGUGGCCGAGGACAGCCUCAGCGUCUGGUGGCCCCCAUCUUUCCUGACGGUGUUGCCGAACAGGCGCAGCAAGGACAAGACUACCAUACAGAACCCAAUCAAGUUACGCAUUCUGACCCCUCUCAACGUGGUCUUGCCGCAGCCGUUCUGUUGGGCAGGUCUUUUACCCCAGCGGAGAACCGGUACCUGUAUAAUCGCCUGCCUAUGCGUCAGCCGCCCACAGCGAGGACCGUGUUGGGUCACUUUAGCGAGCUGCCUGCCCUCUAUCUUGGCCUGGCUCAUGAAACUCGGUCAAGUCUCGACGAGAUGGAGGGGCGGGAACGCGAGAGGGGUGAGAGGCUGGUGGAGCUUGCAGACGCUCUAGCAAGGGGCUAUGGGGAGUUGGUUGUCUGUCUACCUAUGCAACGUAUCGAGGGUAUCAUUCGGCGGAAUAGAGGCGAGAAGAGGGUUAGUAAGUUCUGGGAGAAGGUGUUGGAGGAGGUUGAGACCGAGAACUUACACUACAUCGUCUCAAGCUCGUGGGUUGCACUCUUCAUCGUCCAAUUAUCGCAGGCGUCGAGUAUAUUGACAGAGACCUCCCUCGACGAGAAUGAGCAAAUCCUGGUCAUUGUCAGCGCGGGACUGGCGCUGUUGUGGGCUGUGGCAGUCGCAUCAGAGGGUUUAGUUCUUACACAUGAGCGGAGAACACAAGAUGACCGGUUAUUGAAUGGGAUCAUUGCCAGAGGGGGGUAA